CUCGGUCUGCAGGGAGCCAUGGCUGCAGCAGGGAAUCCUUUGAAGAGCCUCCGAGAUGAAGCUACUUGCUCCAUGUGUCUGAGUUUUUUUAAGGAUCCCGUGUCUUUAGAUUGCGGGCACAAUUUCUGCCAAGCCUGCAUCACCCAGUGCUGGGAGGGAUCGGAUACAGACAUCUCCUGCCCUCAGUGCAGAGAGACCUUCCCCCAGAAGACCCUGAGGCCGAACAGGCAACUGGGGAACUUUGUAGAAAUAGCCAAGCAGCUGAGUGUCCCAGCAGCAGCAGGAGGUUUGUGCAACGCACACCAGGAGCCUUUCAAACUCUUCUGUAACCAGGACCAAGUUCUCAUCUGUGUGAUCUGCAGGGAGUCCCAGGCUCACCACUCUCACAGGGUGGUCCCCACAGAGGAGGCUGCCCGGGAGCAGAAGGAACAAAUUCAAACCCGACUGGACACCCUGAAGCAAGAGAGAGAAGAACUUCUGGAGUGGAAACAGGAUGGAGAGACGCAAAGCCAGGAAUAUCUGGGAAAGAUAGAAGCUGAGAGGCAGAAGAUUGUGUCUGAAUUUGAGCAACUGCGGCAAUUCCUGGAGGAACAAGAGCGACUCCUGCUGGCCCGGCUGGAAGAAUUGGACAAGGAAAUUGUGAAGAUACAGGAUGAAAAUGUCACCAAACUGUCUGAGGAGAUUUCCCGUCUCACUGACUUGAUCAGUGAGAUAGAAGAGAAGUGUCAGCAGCCAGCGAGUGACUUCCUGCAGGACAUCAAAAGCACCUGGAGCAGGUCUGAGAAGGUGAAGUUCGAGAAACCAAUGGCCGUGCCAGAGGACCUGAGAGAGAGAGUCGGCAUCUCUUCCCAAAGAAAUGUUUGUCUACAGGAGUCUCUGAAGAAAUUCAAAGAGACCCUGCCCUAUCAACUGCACUUUCUGAUCUCAAAGGCAGAGAAAGAGGUGCAGGCCACUCUGGAUCCAGACCUGGCAAAUCCCUGUUUGGUCAUGUCCACAGAUGAGAGUGUGAUCCAGAAAUACCAAGCCACAGGACAUGUGCCACAGAACAGGUUUUACCCUGCUCCCUGUGUGCUGGGCUAUAAGGGCUUCACCUCAGGGAGAUGUUACUGGCAAGUGAACGUAGGGAACAAAGAUGAGUGGGUUUUGGGCAUUGCCAAAGAGUCUGUGAUACAUGAGGGAGCGAUAAGCUGUACACCAGAGGAGGGGAUCUGGGCUUUGCAGAGUACAGAGUAUCAGUACUGCGCCCUCACCUUCCCUGAGACUGCUCUGGGCCUACAUCAUAGACCCCAUAACAUUGGGGUUUACCUGGAUUAUGAAGGGAAGAAAGUUACAUUUUAUGACAUUACAUCUUCUGGCAGAGAGACAAUCUUUACUUUCACAUCCUCUUUCACUGGGAAGAUCAUCCCCUUCUUUGGGAGCCGGCGUGUCGAAUUUCUGAGUGGGUUACGGGUAGGCAUGGCCGUAGGUGGUCACUGGCAGGCCUACCGUUAA